AGUGCGCAUGCGCAAUGCGAGCACGACCAACUUGCGUGUCUACACCGACUACACUGCAUCGCAACGAGGUUGUUACAGUUAUUCACACAUAAUGGGAAAGAAACAGAAAAAUAAGGGAGAUGACGGUGCCAAAGACGACGGGGUUGACAUUGACGCACUUGCGGCAGAGAUUGAAGGAGCAGGAGCAGGCAAGGAGCAGAACAAAUCGAAGAGCAAGAAAAAGAAAGUAAAGAAAGAAGAGUACGACGAGGAUGAAAUCCAGAAAGAACUAGAGAGGCUGUCAUUAGAAGAGAAAGCAGGAAACCCUGAAAAAGAAGCCGCAAAGAAAUCCGAUUCAGUAGAAGAGCCUGAACCUGAGCCCACCUUGACGAAAGCAGACAAGAAGAAGGCCAAGAAGAAUAAGAAGGCGAAUCUGGAGGAUGAGGAAGGUGAUGAAGAUCAGGGUCCGAACAACAUGGAAAACGAGCACAGGACGGAAGUUACAAAGACGGUGGCGCCUCCCGCUCCUGCUGGUCCUGCUUCAGACUCUGAGGACGAGGGCUCGCGGUCACGACAGAAACCCAAGGCUAAAAAGAAAGGCGGGCGAAAGGGCGCGUCUGACUCGGAGGAGGAUGAUGAAGAUGGUGGUGCGAAGAAGGGCGGAGGAGCGGGCGACAAUGACGACUCGGAUGAUGAUUCGCAAACCUCAAGCAAGAAGAAGAAGGGUAAAGGCAAAGCCAAAGCAGAGAGCGAGGAAGACGAACGAGAAGACUCGUCCUUCAAGAUGAAGACGGCCGCGCAGAAGAAAGCGGAGAAAAAAGAGAGGGAUAGGAAGAAGAAAGAGGAGGAGAGGGCCAAGCUGAGGGCUAAGAGAGAAAAAGAGGAAGAGGCCGCAAAAAAGGAUGAAGGCAAACCAGUUACCACACCUUCAGCAGAGAGCAAGACGUUAGAGACGGCGGCUUCAGUGGAGCAGGAGGAGGCCGAUGUCCAAGGAGAAGAAGAGGCUGAGGGCGAUAAAAAGAAAAAGGACAAGAAGAAGAAGAAAGGCGAAAAGGAGGAGAAAGACAAGAAAAAGGGUCCCAGCAAAGCGACGGUGAAAGCCAUGCAGGAGGCCCUGGCCAAAAUGAAGGAAGAGGAGGAACGAAUCAAAAGAGAAGAGGAGGAGAAACAGAGGCUGCUGGAGGAGAUGGAGGCUCAGAGACUGGAGCAGGAGCGUCUAGAGGCCGAGAGGAAGGAGAAGAAGAAGCAAAAGGAAAAGGAGAGAAAAGAGAGACUAAAGAAGGAGGGAAAACUCCUCACCAAGGCCCAGAAAGAGGCUCGAGCCAGAGCAGAAGCCACGCUGCGAGCACUGCAGGCUCAGGGUAUUGAAGUGCCAUCCAAAGAUGCAAUGCCAAAGAAGAAGCCCGUUUACUCUGACAAGAGAAAAAAGAAGCCAACUGCACAAACUCCUGAAGAAACGUCAGAAGUGACAGCACCUACAUCAGAGGCACCUGAGCCAAUCACAACAGAGGUGGAAGUAGACAAGCCUGUUACGGAGCCAGUUAAGGAGCCAAAGGCAGAGGCUGCUGAUCUGGACGACUGGGAGGCCAUGGCCAGCGAUGAGGAGAAAGAGAUGAAGAAGGUUCACAUCGAGGUGAAGGAACCCACUGCAGCUACAGAGAAACCUGCUGAAGACAAGGAAGAUGGCAGUGAGGAAGAAGAGGAUGAUGAAGAGGAGGAGGAGGAGGAGGAUGAUGAGGAGGAAGAAGAGGAGGAGGGUGAAGGAGAGGAGGAGAGUGAGGACGAGGAGGACAACAAAGACCGCAGCAACAAGACGACCACAAACAAAGCAAGAAAAGAGCCGAGCUCGGAGUCGAGCAGCGAGAGCGAUUCGGAUGAUGACCGAAGCAAAGAGGAGAGACUUUACGACAAGGCCAAGAGGCGCAUAGAGAAACGAAGGCAGGAAAACCUGAAGAACAUUAAUUUGGACAAGCUCCGGUCUCCUGUGGUUUGUGUACUGGGUCAUGUGGACACCGGGAAGACCAAAAUCCUGGAUAAGCUGAGACACACACAUGUUCAGGAUGGUGAGGCUGGUGGUAUCACACAGCAGAUCGGAGCCACAAAUGUGCCCCUGGAAACCAUAAUAGAACAAACCAAGAUGGUGAAAAAUUUUGAAAUGGGGAGUGUGAAGAUUCCUGGCAUGCUCAUUAUUGACACACCUGGACACGAGUCUUUCAGUAAUCUGAGGAACAGGGGUAGUUCUCUGUGUGACAUCGCCAUCCUGGUGGUGGACAUCAUGCACGGUUUAGAGCCGCAGACACUCGAGUCCAUCAACCUGCUGAAGGAGAAGAAAUGCCCCUUCAUAGUAGCACUUAACAAGAUCGACCGUCUCUAUGACUGGAAAAAGAGUCCGGAAACAGACGUGGUGGCCACACUGAAGAAACAGAAGAAGAACACCAAGGAUGAGUUUGAUGAGAGGGCUAAAGCGGUCAUCGUAGAGUUCGCACAGCAGGGUCUUAAUGCCGCCCUGUUCUACGAGAACAAAGAUCCUCGUACGUUUGUGUCCCUGGUUCCCACCUCGGCCCACUCGGGUGAUGGGAUGGGGAACCUCAUCGCCCUGCUGGUUGAGCUCACUCAAACCAUGCUGGCCCGCCGACUGGCUCACUGUGACGAACUUCGGGCACAGGUCAUGGAGGUCAAAGCUCUGCCUGGCAUGGGUACGACGAUAGACGUGAUCCUGAUCAAUGGUUGUCUGCGGGAGGGUGAGACCAUUAUCGUCCCUGGUGUGGAUGGACCAAUCGUCACUCAGAUCAGAGGGUUGCUCCUCCCUCCACCCCUGAAAGAGCUCCGAGUGAAGAAUUCGUAUGAGAAGCAUAAAGAAGUGUCCACGGCUCAGGGAGUGAAGAUCCUGGGGAAAGAUCUGGAGAAGACGCUGGCAGGUCUGCCUCUCCUCGUCGCUCAUAAAGAGGAUGAAAUUCCAGUCCUGAGGGACGAGUUGAUCCGGGAGCUGAAACAGACUCUGAAUGCCAUAAAGCUGGAGGAGAAGGGUGUGUAUGUGCAGGCCUCCACGCUCGGCUCUCUCGAGGCUCUACUGGAGUACUUGCGUACAUCCAAAGUGCCUUAUGCUGGCAUCAACAUUGGUCCCGUCCACAAGAAAGACGUCAUGAAAGCCUCUACUAUGUUGGAGCAUGAUCCACAGUAUGCAGUGAUCCUGGCGUUCGACGUGAAAAUCGAGCGAGAUUCUCAGGAGAUGGCGGACAGUCUCGGCGUGCGCAUUUUCAGCGCUGAGAUCAUCUACCAUCUGUUUGACGCCUUCACCAAAUACAGAGAAGACUACAAGAAACAGAAACAGGAUGAGUUCAAACAAUUAGCCGUGUUUCCCUGUAAGCUGCGUAUAUUGCCCCAGUUCAUCUUCAACUCCAGAGAUCCCAUCGUCAUGGGCGUCAUUGUGGACGCUGGAGUUCUGCGAACAGGCACUCCGGUGUGUGUGCCCACCAAAGGGUUUGUAGACAUUGGUAUUGUGACCGGUAUUGAAAUAAAUCACAAAUCUGUAGACAUCGCUAAGAAAGGACAGGAGAUCUGUGUGAAAAUUGAACCAAUUCCUGGAGAAUCACCCAAGAUGUUCGGCCGACACUUUGAGGCUGUAGACCUCAUUGUUAGCAAGAUCACCCGUCAGUCAAUCGACACUCUGAAGAACUGGUUCAGAGACGAGAUGCAGAAAUCAGACUGGCAGUUAAUCAUGGAACUGAAGAAAACCUUUGAAAUCAUCUGAACACACAAGUGACUGACUGAUUCUAGAUCUCAAAACGACCCCCGUGCACACAUACGAACACUAUACGUUGUACACUCCUAAAGGUCACGUGAUUAUGGAGUCAUCAGUGUUGCUCAUACAUUUAAGGACAUUCGUACUCAGACACUCAGCCUUGCACAGUCCCGUAUCGAGGACUUGUUCCUCGUGUGUGCAUGGGAGAAAACUCAUCACUACCCUUUUCCUCCAGCUGUUUUUGUGUGGUGGGGAGUGUUGGAGGCCAAAAAAAAAGGAAAAAAUAAAGCAAGGAAAAAAAAAUGUUUUUCUGUGAGAAACUGAAACUAUUACCACUGUUUUAAACAGUGACAAAUGUUAGAAAAUGUUAGACAACCUUUACAAUUAUUCCAAAUGUGCCUGUUCUCUUUGAUCGAUCCAGUUUUUUUUUUUUUUUUCACCAUCUCAAAGUUCACUGUAUGGCUGGAUUAAACUUGAGCUGCUGAUUUGGCCCUGAGGUCUGACCUUAGAUUUAGGCUGAGGUUUAAAUCGAUUGGUAAAAGUUGAAGACUGUGUGGCUUUCCUGAAUGACUGCUGGAGAUUACACCAGGAUUUUAGAUCUAUACAUAUAAGAAACAGUCACCUUAUCAGUAUUUUCAUUUUACCCUGCUUUUUCCAUUCCUUUUUGGAGUACAGUUCUUAAAUGGACCUUUUUAAAACGAUUCCCCUCCAGCCAGAGAUUGACUCUCUCCUCCUCUUCCUCUCUUGGGUGUGUGAACUUGGAUGAAAGGCUCUUCCCUUAAUCAGUUUGAAUAUGUAAUUUCAGAGAUUGAUAUGUGAAAUUGACAACAAUAAAGAGAUGGCCUAUUUAUAGA